AUGAUCGGUGACGAAGCCGCAGAGAAUCGCAAUUACCUGCAGGUUACCCAGCCCAUGGAGCACGGUAUUGUGCGUAACUGGGAAGAUAUGAAGCUACUUUGGGACUACACGUUCGACGAGAAGCUACGAGUAAAUACGCAAGGCAGGAAAGUGUUACUCACUGAGCCUCCUAUGAACCCGAAGGUAAACCGGCAGAGGAUGUGUCAGGUCAUGUUUGAGGAGUAUGGGUUUGGGGGGGUGUAUGUUGCGAUUCAAGCUGUGUUGACGUUAUAUGCGCAAGGUCUAACUACCGGCGUCGUGGUGGACUCCGGAGAUGGUGUAACACACAUUGUUCCUGUGUACGAUGGAUUUGCCCUUCCACACCUAACCAGGCGUCUGGACAUCGCUGGCCGGGACGUAACUCGAUAUCUAAUCAAGCUCCUGCUCAUGCGAGGGUACGCCUUCAAUCGAACGGCGGAUUUCGAGACGGUACGGGAAAUCAAAGAGAAGCUGUGCUAUGUCAGCUACGAUCUGGACCUUGACACAAGACUUUCAGAAGAGACAACUGUUCUCGUUGAAAGCUACACAUUGCCCGACGGCCGAGUGAUUAAAAUUGGGUCUGAGCGGUUCGAAGCACCCGAGUGUAUGUUCCAGCCGCAUCUGGUUGACGUUGAGCAACCGGGAGUAGCAGAGAUGCUGUUCCAGACAAUUCAAAACGCAGCACUAGAUGUACGCGCUGAGUUGUACAAGCACAUUGUGCUCUCUGGUGGUUCCAGUAUGUACCCCGGCCUGCCAAGUCGUCUCGAGAAGGAGAUGAAGCAGCUGUACCUGACACAAGUACUUAAUGGUGAUCCAUCCCGGCUGAACAAAUUCAAGAUCCGGAUAGAAGACCCCCCACGCCGAAAACAUAUGGUGUUCCUCGGUGGUGCCGUAUUGGCUGACAUUAUGAAGAACCGAGAAGAGUUCUGGAUAACGCGCGAGGAGUGGUUCGAGCAAGGAAUCCGGGCGCUGGACAAGCUUGGGCGCCAGGAAAACUGA